AUGUCGGCGAAGGUUGAGUCCAAGAAGUUCGGCAAGUCCACCCGAACGGUGCCUCACCACUCCGAGAAGGCCCAGAAGUGGUACCCUGCUGAGGCCGAUGCCCAGCCUCGCAAGGUCCGCAAGGCCGUCCGCGCUUGGGCACCUCGCAAGUCCCUCCAGCCCGGUACCAUUCUGAUCCUCCUGGCUGGCCGCUUCCGCGGCAAGCGUGUCGUCCUCCUGAAGAACCUCGACCAGGGUGUCCUCCUCGUUACCGGUCCCUUCAAGAUCAACGGUGUCCCUCUGCGCAGGGUCAACUCCCGAUACGUCAUCGCCACAUCCCAGAAGGUUGACCUGGCCGGAGUCGACGAGAAGAAGGUCGAGGAGAUCAGCCAGCCCAAGUACUUCGUCGGAGAGAAGUCCAAGGAGAAGGCCGGCGAGGAGGCUUUCUUCAAGCAGGGAGAGAAGCCACAGAAGAAGGAGGUUUCCUCCACCCGGGCAGCGGACCAGAAGGCGAUCGACAAGUCCCUGCUGGCCAACAUCAAGAAGGUCGAGUUCCUCGCGAGCUACCUGGCCUCUUCCUUCAGCCUGCGCAAGGGCGACAAGCCCCACGAGAUGAAGUGGUAG